CAGUCAUAUGCUAUUUAAUUGCUUUCUAUCAGCAUAGAGUCUUUGAAGUUUUCUGUAACUGCUUAUUAUAUAAUUAAAAGUGUAAAAAUUGACUAGAAACAAAGGUUAAUGUAUUAUGUUCUUUAUUAUGGAUAUCUUCGUCAAUUUUAUCAAAUAAAUUGGAGCUUAAUAAUGUUCACUAGAAGUGAUAAUUCUUCUUUCUUAUCUCAAAUAACAAUUAGUCAGAGUUGGCUCUAAAUGAUUUCGUAGAUCGAAAAAAUAAAAUGAAUGAAAAAAAUAAAAAGAAAACUUAGAUAUUGUCUGCACAUAAUGGACUAUCGAAAAGUAAUUUAACAAAAUGUUUGUUCAUUUUUCAGCUUCUGUAAGAAAUCUGUAGAAAUUUAAGAACGGUGGGUCAAUAUCAAAAAUUUUAGCGCGCCAAAACUUAUCCAAAGUAGAAGCACAAAUUAUUUCAAAUACAACAAAUGAAAGAGCAAGCAUUUCUCUAUAAAAUAGUAUACUAAUGAAUAGUUUGCUGCAAGUCAUUUGUCAACAGUGAAUGUUCAAGUAAAGGACAUUGUGUUAAUUUAGGUCAUUUUCUUGAUUUCUACGAUAAACAGACUUUCAAACUGAACUUGGCCAUGUCUGAAUGAUUAUUCUGCAACUCUUGAUGCUUAUAUCAUUUUGUAGAAUCAUUUUGCAUUUAAUUCUAUGCCAGACAGACUGUUAAUAUAACGUAUACAAUGAAGUAGAUUAUUGUUGUAGAAAAAGCAUGGGUUUUCUUUAUCUAAACUUAAUUUUCGCGCCUAUAAAAGAUUGACUCAUAAUUUCUUAGUGAAAAGUCCUCAAAAAAAUGUUUUACCAAUAUUCGAAAACAACAUCAAAUUUCGAUAUAAACUUAAUAUUUUCAAACUUUUGUAGGCGCUUUUAAGAGGCUGAAAAAUGAAUGAACAUUCUGUCAAAUUAAUAAGCUGCGAUAACUUGUUAUUUCAAUAUAUAUCCAUAUUUAAUAAUUUUCGUUUAUUUUUAGUAUAUCAAAAAUAUUCAAUGAGGAUAAAAUAAUCGAAAGGUUUGGUCAGAUAAUUUUGAAAUAUUUCUAUUGAAAAGAAAAAACAAGUGAGAGAACAUUUAAAUAUAUGGAUAUGUGCAGCAUGUACUUGGACUGAUUGACAAAGUACAUAGUUUGAUGAUAAAAUGCAUAAUAUAUCCGCUACUUAAGGUGAUAAAGUUGAAGCUGAACUUAAAUUUGGUUAUCUAGUAAAUACAUAUAGUAUUAAUGAUUUAAAAAAAGAAAUUGAACAAGUUAAUGAAAAUGAUAUUGAUAAAUGA